UGACAGAACCCUCCGAGGAAACCCUUUCGCAGAGGUUUUAGAGAGAGAGAGAGAGGGAGAGGAAAGAUGUGCGGAAUCGCUUUGAUCGUCUCCGGCAUUCGUAUCGAUUUAUCAUCUGUGGUUCCUGACUUCACUCCUCCAACUCCUCAAUCUGAACAACUAUUGUUAUGUGUGGAUGAUAUAGAAGCAGCUCUAUGGAGAAGGGGUCCUGACAGCUUGGGGAGGCAGAAGGUUUUUCUUUGUUCAAAGCUUUCAUCUUCUGCAUUGGAACGAGAUAUUCUAUGUCUCAUUGAGGGAGAAGGGGAUACACAGAGGGGAUUACAUCAUUAUACCGAGACAUUUGAUUGCAUCUCUUCUGCAAAUGGAGUACCUAGUGAGAUAGUCAACGAUUAUUAUAUAUCUAAAUCUGUUUCAGAACUGCACUUUAUUGGAGCCACAUUACAACUUAGGGGUAUUAGUCCUAUUACUCAGCCAUUGGCGGAUACACAUGGGAACAUCCUUGUUUAUAAUGGUGAAAUAUUUGGAGGAAUUCAUGUGAGCAGUGAUAGCAACGACACUGAAAUUCUUAUGCAAUCUCUGGCGCAGUGCUGCUUAUGUAAUUCUCAUCAACAUACAAGAACAUGUAAAAGCAGUGGAAAGGGGCAAAACUCUGUCCCAGAGCUUCUUUCGAUGAUUAAGGGCCCAUGGGCUUUAAUUUAUUGGCAGGGUAGUUCAAGAACUGUGUGGUUUGGUCGAGACGCGCUUGGAAGGCGGAGCCUCCUUGUUCACUGGCCAACUUCGGAGGAUUCUCGGCUUCUACUAUCUUCUGUAUCCUCCCCCUCUUCCAGGGAUACGAGUUCUGAUUUUGGAGACGAAGGCGGAUCGAGUGAACUGAAUUUCUGGGAAGAGCUUUCUUGUGGGGUGUACAGCAUAUCCAUGGGUGCUUCAGGAAUGGAUGGAUAUCUGGCUGGUGAAGUUAAAAAGCACCAAUGGACUGAUCCCAUGUUAAGGGAACUGAUUAAGUGGGAGAGAACUUCCAUUGAACCAAAUCCUGAGGAGUUACGCAUUUCCAGAAUUAAGAUUUCUGGGCCUAUGCAAGGAUCAAUCUUAUUACCAUCACAGAGAGUGCUGAUUGCUUUGAGAGAAUCUGUGAUCAGACGAACCACUCUAAAUACGAUUUUUGAGGCAGUUACAUCUGAUAAUAGACAAGAUGGACGUGUUCCAGUAGCAGUGCUUUUUUCUGGUGGAUUGGAUUCUAUGAUACUUGCAGCUUUAUUGAAUGAGUGCCUAGAUCCCAUAUAUGAAAUUGAUCUGCUUAAUGUGAGCUUUGACGGUCAGUCUGCUCCUGAUAGAAUCUCCGCCAGGGCCGGUGUAAAGGAACUUAAAAGAAUAGCACCAUUGAGAAGGUGGAAACUUGUCGAGAUUGAUGCCGAGUUAUCAAAGUUGCCCUUGGAGACCAAGCAUGUCAUGUCACUUAUAAACCCUGCGAAGACCUACAUGGAUCUCAAUAUUGGUAUAGCAUUAUGGUUGGCAGCUGGUGGUGAUGGUUGGGUGUAUGAAGGGAUUGGGAGUGACGGUUAUGAGGAAUGCCAGCGUGUUCAGUACAAGUCUGAGUCCAAGAUCCUCCUAGUUGGUUCUGGUGCAGAUGAACAAUGUGCUGGUUAUGGUAGGCAUAAGACAAAAUAUAGACAUGGAAGUUGGCUUGUGCUGCAUGAGGAAAUGAAAUUAGACAUGCAAAGGAUUUGGAAGAGAAACCUAGGGAGAGAUGAUAGGUGCAUUGCUGACAAUGGCAAGGAGGCUAGAUUUCCUUUCUUGGAUGAGGAUGUCAUAAGGGUACUGCUAGACAUCCCUUUGUGGGAGAUUGCGGACCUCGAUCAGCCGAGUGGAAUAGGCGAUAAGAAAAUUCUAAGAGAGGUUGCCAAAUUGCUUGGAAUAAUUGAAGCAGCCAUUCUGCCUAAAAGAGCAAUCCAGUUUGGUUCAAGAAUUGCAAGGGAAUCAAAUCGGAAGAAUUUUGGAAGUAAUCGUGCAGCAAACCAAGCAUCUGCAGGAAGUGCAGUGAUUUACAGGCCACCAAGCUAAACUUGAGACCAUGUUGAGAUGUGCCCUAUGCAUAAGUUGCAUGUUUCCUGCGUUACUGGAGCUGUUGUUUCGGAAUGGCUGGUACAUCACGCAUCAAUUAAGGAUUGACUCAGGGUCUUCUUCAGCAAGGUGCCACUCAUCUAUUCCAUUGAGAAUCGAGCCACGAUCUGGAAAUGGAUGGUGAUGACGAUUCAGCCCACGCCAUUUUGGUGGACGUGUUUUUUGCAUCUUUGUGGAAGGCGCGGUUUUAUGAACUGAGGCCGGAAAAAGGUUCAAGCUAGAGUAACAGUUGACAUGUUAAAUUUGACCUUUUUUUUAUUUUUUAUUUUUUUUUA